UUCAGUGUAGAUCCCCUGUGGCGGUUCUUGGUAGAUGUCAUGGUUCCUCUCUAUAUAAUCUUAUAGGGCUGAACUCCAAAGUCAGUUGACAAAUAUCCUGGCCUAUUCAGGUCUGGGGUUUCUCUGGAUAUAGAAUUCAUACUGUUCAAAAUAGCCAAUCAGGGCUGGCAAGAUGGCUCAAAAGGUAAAGGCAUUUGUUGCAAAGCGUAAUGGCAUUUAUCCAGUCCCUAGGUUCCACAGUGGAAGGAAAUAGAAGAUUCCCACCUCAGCUGUCCUCUGACCUUAACGCCUGUUGCACUACACAUAUAUGUACACAAAUAGGCACUCACCUUGCCCUCUGCUUACCUGGCCCCACAGUUACCCUGCCAGCUGCACAGUCGCUAGGCAAGACCCAGGUCCCCAACCACUGCAGAAGCCCCAUCAAAGCUGUAUGCAACUUUGUGUGUGACUGUGGAGACUGUUCAGACGAAACUCAGUGUGGUUUCCAUGGAGCCUCAACUAUCCCAAGCACCUCCUUCACCUGCAACUUUGAGCAGGACUCCUGUGGCUGGCAGGACAUCAGCACCUCAGGCUAUCGAUGGCUUCGAGACCGGGCAGGGGCAGUGCUGCAUGGUCCUGGGCCUCAUUCUGACCAUACACAUGGCACUGACUUGGGCUGGUAUAUGGCUGUGGGAACCCACAGUGGGAAGGAGCCAUCUACUGCGACUCUGCGCUCUCCUGUCAUGCGUGAGGCAGCCCCUACCUGUGAAAUGAGGCUCUGGUACCACAUUGCCUCUAGAGAUGUCGCUGAGCUGCGGCUGGACCUGACCCAUGGUGUGGAGACACUGACUCUAUGGCAGACCUCAGGACCCUGGGGCCCUGGCUGGCAGGAGCUGGCAGUGAACACUGGCCGCAUCCAGGGUGACUUCAAAGUGACAUUUUCUGCCACCCGAAAUGCCACACACAGGGGCGCUGUGGCCUUGGAUGAUGUGGAGUUCCGGGACUGUGGGCUACCCAUCCCUCAGGCCAGGUGCCCCCUGGGGCACCACCACUGCCAGAACAAGGCUUGUGUGGAGCCCCACCAGCUCUGUGAUGGUGAAGACAACUGUGGAGACAGAUCUGAUGAAGACCCACUCAUCUGCAGCCACCACAUGGCCACUGACUUUGAGACAGGCCUGGGACCGUGGAACCAGUUAGAGGGCUGGACCCGGAACCACAGUGCUGGCAGCAUGGUGAGCCCUGCCUGGCCCCACCGAGAUCACAGCCUCAACAGUGCAUACGGCUUCUUCCUCGUCUCUAUGGCCAAGCCUGGCACCACUGCUGUCCUCUACAGCCCUGAGUUCAAAGGCUCAGUCUCCUACAACUGCACGUUCACCUUCUAUUACUACCUGCACGGGUCUGAGGCCAGCCACUUCCAGCUGUUCCUGCAGGCACAGGGGCUCAACACCCCCCAGGCCCCUGUUCUACUGAGAAGCCGCCAUGGAGAACUGGGGACAGCCUGGGUCAGAGACCGGGUUGACAUUCAAAGUGCCCAUCCAUUUCGGAUCCUUCUAGCCGGGGAGACGGGUCCAGGAGGCGUCGUGGGCCUAGACGACCUUAUCAUGUCCAGCCACUGCAUGCUUGUUCCAGCUAUGUCCACCCUGCAGUCAUCACUUUCUGGACCUGUGCCAUUAGCCCUCUAUCCCCAGACAUCCAUCAAGCUGCCCCAGCAGACCUGUGAGCCCGGACAUCUCUCCUGUGGUGACCUGUGUGUGCCCCCCGAGCAGCUGUGUGAUUUCCAGAAGCACUGUGCAGAGGGCGAGGAUGAACACAAGUGUGGCACCACAGACUUUGAGUCCGCCUCUGCUGGGGGCUGGGAGGACAUCAGUGUAGGAAAGCUGCAGUGGCAAUGGGUUGAAGCCCAGAAGAGCAAGCCUGCUGGGGAUGCUCCUGGGCACUUCCUAUCUCUGCAGAAGGCCUGGGGGCAGCUAAGAUCUGAGGCCCGGGCUCUCACACCUGCUCUGGGCCCCUCUGGCCCUCACUGUGAACUCCACAUGGCUUACUAUUUUCAAAGUCACCCCCAAGGCUUCUUGGCACUGGUUGUGGUGGAGAAUGGCUUCCGGGAGCUGCUGUGGCAAGCCCCAGGCGGCAGCAGCGGGAGCUGGACAGUAGAGAAGAUUAUUCUCGGGGCACGGCACAGGCCGUUCCAGCUGGAGUUUGUCAGUCUGGUGGACUUGGAUGGCCCUGGCCAGCAGGGGGCUGGGGUGGAUAAUGUGACUCUGAGAGACUGCAACCCCAUGGUGACCACUGAAAGUGACCAAGAGCUCUCCUGUAACUUUGAACGGGACUCCUGCAGCUGGCACACAGGCCACCUCACAGAUGCCCACUGGCACCGUAUAAAAAGCCAUGGCUCUCAGCUUGACCACACGACUGGCCAAGGCUUCUUCAUGUUCCUGGACCCCACGGACCCACCUGCUCGAGGUCAAGGUGCCCUGCUGCUCACAAGACCUCAGGUGCCAGUUGUCCUCAAGGAAUGUCUCAGCUUCUGGUACCGCCUGUAUGGGCCCCAGAUUGGGACACUGUGCCUGGCCAUGAGGAGGGAGGGGGAGGAAGACAUACUACUGUGGUCCCGGUCGGGAACCCAUGGCAACCGCUGGCACCAGGCUUGGGUCACUCUUCAUCACCAGCCAGAGGCCAGCACCAAGUACCAGCUGCUGUUUGAAGGCCUCCGGAAUGGGUACCAUGGCACAAUGGCCCUGGAUGAUAUAGCUGUGCGGCCUGGCCCCUGCUGGGCCCCUAAGAGCUGUUCCUUUGAAGACUCUGACUGUGGCUUCUCCCCAGGGGGCUGGGGUCUGUGGACGCACCAGAGUAAUGCCUCAGGCCUUGCUUCUUGGGGUCCUUGGAUAGACCAUACCACAGGGACAGCCCAAGGGCACUACAUGGUGGUGGACACCAGCCCAAAUGUACUGCCCAAGGGUCACGUGGCCUCUCUGACUUCAGAGGUACACCAGCCCCUGUCCCAGCCUGCCUGUCUGACCUUCUGGUACCACAUGAGCUUCCCCAAUCCAGGCACCUUGAGGGUCCACGUGGAAGAGAGCACAAGGCGUCAAGAGCUCAGCAUCAGUGCCCAUGGUAGAUCUGCCUGGCGCCUGGGCAGCGUCAAUGUGCAGGCUGAGCAAGCCUGGAAGGUAGUGUUUGAGGCUGUGGCUGCUGGUGUAGAAUAUUCCUACAUGGCUCUAGAUGACAUUUCCCUCCAAGAUGGGCCCUGUCCUCAGCCAGGGUCCUGUGACUUUGAAUCUGGCCUGUGUGGGUGGAGCCACCUGCCCUGGCCCAGCCUGGGCGGGUACAGCUGGGACUGGAGUAGUGGAGCCACCCCAUCCCGCUACCCCCAGCCUUCAGUGGACCAUACCCUGGGCACAGAAGCAGGCCAUUUUGCUUUCUUUGAAACCAGCGUGCUAGGUCCUGGGGGCCAGGCAGCCUGGCUGCGCAGUGAGCCACUGCCAGCAACGACAGCCUCAUGCCUCCGCUUCUGGUACUACAUGGGCUUUCCUGAGCAUUUCUACAAGGGUGAGUUGAGAGUGCUCCUGAGCAGUGCCCGAGGCCAGCUAGCUGUGUGGUACCAGGGUGGGUACUUGCGGGACCAGUGGCUGCAAGUCCAGAUUGAAGUGUCCAACUCUGAGGAGUUCCAGAUUGUUUUUGAAGCCACUCUGGGUGGCCAGCCAGCUCUGGGGCCCAUUGCCCUAGAUGAUGUGGAGUACCUGGCUGGACAACACUGCGAGCAGCCUUCACCUAGCCAGGGUGAAGUGGCAGCACCUGUGUCUGUGCCAGUUGCCGUUGGAGGGGCCCUCCUCUUUUUCAUGUUCCUGGUGCUCAUGGGCCUGGGGGGCUGGCAUUGGCUGCAGAAGCAGCACUGCCCCGGCCAGAGGAGUACAGAUGCAGCAGCCUCUGGCUUUGACAAUAUCCUCUUCAAUGCGGAUCACGUUACCCUCCCAGAAUCAAUCACCAGCAACCCACAGAGCCCGGCAGACCUGGCCUGACAUGGCAUCUCUCGCAGCAUCUAACCCUCACAAGCACCUGACUGUCUGCAUGUGGGCCUGGAUGUCGGGACCGAGUCAUAUUUAUCUUCGCCAGCUCUUUCUCUAUCUGGUGUCUUUGCCCUCCUGUGUGAUGGAGAAGGGUAGAGGGGUCCUUGUACCAAGAAUAAAUGCUCUACACAGUGAGGGCAACCCAGAUAUUCAGGCUGCACUCUAUACAUGUAUUAUGUACCUGGCAGGGUAUAUUGUAGCUGGCCUAUAGGACUCUAAGAACCCACCAC